GCGGCGGCGGCGGCGGCGGCGGCGCGGGCGGCGGGCGGCGCGGGGCGGUCCGGCGGGUUCAAAGAGGAAAACAUGGCGGAAAACAAAGGCGGCGGCGAGGCUGAGAGCGGCGGCGGGGGCAGCGGUAGCGCGCCGGUAACUGCCGGGGCCGCCGGGCCCGCGGCGCAGGAGGCGGAGCCGCCUCUCGCCGCGGUGCUGGUAGAGGAGGAGGAGGAGGAAAGCGGCAGGGCGGGCGCGGAGAGCGGCGCGGUCGGGCCCGACGACGGGGGGGUGUCCGCGGCCUCCUCCGGCUCGGCCCCGGCUGCCUCAGCCCCUGCGGCCUCAGUGGGCCCUGGAGUUCCCGGGGGCGCGGUAUCGACGCCGGCCCCAGCUCCAGCCUCGGCUCCCGCUCCGGGUCCGUCGGCGGGGCCGCCUCCUGGACCGCCAGCCUCGCUCCUGGACACCUGCGCCGUGUGUCAGCAGAGCUUGCAGAGCCGGCGUGAGGCGGAGCCCAAGCUGCUGCCCUGCCUUCACUCCUUCUGCCUGCGCUGCCUGCCGGAGCCGGAGCGCCAGCUCAGCGUGUCCAUCCCGGGGGGCAGCAACGGCGACAUCCAGCAAGUUGGUGUAAUACGGUGCCCAGUAUGCCGCCAGGAAUGCAGACAGAUAGACCUUGUGGAUAAUUAUUUUGUGAAAGAUACAUCUGAAGCUCCUAGCAGUUCUGAUGAGAAGUCAGAACAGGUAUGUACUAGUUGUGAAGACAAUGCAAGUGCAGUUGGCUUUUGUGUAGAAUGUGGAGAGUGGCUAUGUAAAACAUGUAUUGAAGCACAUCAAAGAGUAAAAUUCACUAAAGAUCACUUGAUCAGGAAGAAAGAAGAUGUCUCAGAAUCUGUUGGAGCAUCUGGUCAGCGCCCUGUUUUCUGCCCUGUUCACAAACAAGAACAAUUGAAGCUUUUCUGUGAAACAUGUGAUAGAUUGACAUGUAGAGACUGUCAGCUAUUGGAACACAAAGAACAUAGAUACCAGUUUUUGGAAGAAGCUUUUCAAAACCAGAAAGGUGCAAUUGAGAAUCUACUGGCUAAGCUUCUUGAGAAGAAGAAUUAUGUUCAUUUUGCAGCUACUCAGGUGCAGAAUAGGAUAAAAGAAGUAAAUGAGACUAACAAACGAGUAGAACAGGAAAUUAAAGUGGCCAUUUUCACCCUUAUCAAUGAAAUUAAUAAGAAAGGAAAAUCUCUCUUACAGCAGCUAGAGAACGUUACAAAAGAAAGACAGAUGAAGUUACUGCAGCAGCAGAACGACAUUACAGGCCUUUCCCGGCAGGUGAAGCACGUUAUGAACUUUACAAACUGGGCAAUUGCGAGUGGCAGCAGCACAGCACUACUGUACAGCAAGCGACUGAUUACUUUUCAAUUGCGCCAUAUUUUGAAAGCACGGUGUGAUCCUGUGCCUGCUGCUAAUGGAGCAAUUCGUUUCCAUUGUGAUCCCACCUUCUGGGCAAAGAAUGUAGUCAAUUUAGGUAAUCUAGUAAUAGAGAGUAAACCAGCUCCUGGUUAUACUCCUAAUGUUGUAGUUGGGCAAGUUCCUCCAGGGACAAACCACAUUAGUAAAACCCCUGGACAGAUUAACUUAGCACAGCUUCGACUCCAGCACAUGCAACAGCAAGUAUAUGCACAGAAACAUCAGCAGUUGCAACAGAUGAGAAUGCAGCAGCCUCCUGCACCUGUAUCAACAACCACAACCACAACACAGCAGCACCCUAGACAAGCAGCCCCACAGAUGUUACAGCAACAGCCUCCAAGAUUGAUCAGUGUGCAAACAAUGCAAAGAAGCAACAUGAACUGUGGAGCUUUCCAAGCCCAUCAGAUGAGAUUGGCUCAGAAUGCUGCCCGAAUACCAGGGAUACCCAGGCACAGCGGCCCUCAGUAUUCCAUGAUGCAGCCACACCUCCAAAGACAACACUCAAACCCAGGGCAUGCUGGACCCUUUCCUGUUGUGUCGGUGCACAACACCACAAUCAAUCCGACCAGCCCUACUACCGCAACCAUGGCAAAUGCAAAUCGAGGUCCUACCAGCCCGUCUGUUACAGCAAUAGAGCUAAUCCCCUCAGUUACCAAUCCUGAAAACCUUCCAUCACUGCCAGAUAUUCCACCCAUACAGUUGGAAGAUGCUGGUUCAAGUAGUUUAGAUAAUCUACUAAGUAGAUACAUCUCAGGCAGUCACCUACCCCCACAGCCUACAAGCACCAUGAAUCCCUCCCCAGGACCCUCUGCCCUGUCUCCAGGAUCAUCAGGUUUAUCCAAUUCUCACACACCUGUGAGACCCCCUAGUACCUCUAGUACUGGCAGUCGAGGCAGCUGUGGGUCAUCAGGAAGAACUGCUGAGAAGACAGGUCUUAGUUUCAAGUCUGAUCAAGUGAAGGUCAAGCAAGAACCUGGGACUGAAGAUGAAGUAUGUAGCUUUUCAGGAGCUGUGAAACAAGAAAAGACAGAGGACGGCAGGAGGAGUGCCUGCAUGUUGAGCAGUCCUGAGAGUAGCUUGACACCACCUCUUUCAACCAACCUGCAUCUAGAGAGUGAGUUGGAUGCAUUAGCAAGCCUGGAAAACCAUGUGAAAACUGAACCUGCAGAUACAAAUGAAAGCUGCAAACAGUCAGGGCUCAGCAGCCUUGUUAAUGGAAAGUCCCCAAUUCGAAGCCUCAUACACAGGUCGUCAAGGAUUGGAGGAGAUGGCAGUAGCAAAGAUGAUGAUCCAAAUGAAGACUGGUGUGCUGUCUGCCAAAAUGGAGGGGAUCUCUUGUGCUGUGAAAAAUGUCCAAAGGUCUUUCAUCUAACUUGUCAUGUUCCAACACUUCUUAGCUUUCCAAGUGGGGACUGGAUAUGCACAUUUUGCAGAGAUAUUGGGAAACCAGAAGUUGAAUAUGAUUGUGAUAAUUUGCAACAUAGUAAGAAGGGGAAAACUGCACAAGGGUUAAGCCCCGUGGACCAAAGGAAAUGUGAACGACUUCUGCUUUAUCUCUAUUGCCAUGAAUUAAGUAUUGAAUUCCAGGAACCGGUUCCUGCUUCGAUACCAAACUACUAUAAAAUUAUAAAGAAACCAAUGGAUUUAUCUACCGUGAAAAAGAAGCUUCAGAAAAAACAUUCCCAACACUACCAAACCCCAGAUGACUUUGUGGCUGAUGUCCGUUUGAUCUUCAAGAACUGUGAAAGGUUUAAUGAAAUGAUGAAAGUUGUUCAAGUUUAUGCAGAAACACAAGAGAUUAAUUUGAAGGCUGAUUCAGAAGUAGCUCAGGCAGGGAAAGCAGUUGCAUUGUACUUUGAAGAUAAACUCACAGAGAUCUACUCAGACAGGACCUUCGCACCUUUGCCAGAGUUUGAGCAGGAAGAGGAUGAUGGUGAGGUAACUGAGGACUCUGAUGAAGACUUUAUACAGCCCCGCAGGAAACGCCUAAAGUCAGAUGAGAGACCAGUACAUAUAAAGUAAAAUGACAUGAACUUAAAUAAUUGUUUAAAAAAAGAGAGAGAGAGAGAAAAGAAAACCUUUUAUUUAAGUGUUGCUGGAAUAUCCUGCCUACAGUGGGCACCUCCUUGAAGAAGCUGAUAGCUUUUACACAGUAUUAGAUUGAAGUAAUGGACAGAAGUCACUUCUUGUCAAGAAAGGGGGAGAGAACUCUGUUUGCAACUUUAAAAGUAAAAGCAAAAGCGAAAUGAUUUGAAGAUUCUGUAACUAAAGAGGAUGGUUCUUUAGAAUGGCAGUUGUUGGUGAUCAUGUGGUAUUGAUUGGUGCAGGAUGCUGGGCGUACAAGUACAUACUUGAGGGUCAUGUCGCUUGAUAAAUUGUUUCUUUGGACAGGAGUGCACAGAUACUAAAAACAACUUUCACGUCUCCCCUUCCACACACAUACAUACUGAUUUGUUUUCUAGCUAAAAUCAGAGUUGCUCAGAUUCCACUUUGAUGUCAGUGCAGAUGUGCAUUGAAUCAUGCCAUGACAUUUUUUCUCACUUUGAUGCUGUUGGGCCUUAGUUUUUAUAUUGGUUUAAAGAACUCAACAGUAGUUUUAUUUUCUAUUUAUACCUAGAGUCUAGAAAACAUCAGUGAUCAUCAUUUAAUCACUUUUAAUGGUCUGCUGAAAUAAAUACAGUAACUUUUCAGUGGCAGAUCUUAUAGUAGUCAUUUCCAGGAAAACACUUCCACACAAUUGCACUUCCCAGUCAGACCAUCUGAUCAUACAGUUAUUCCCAUCAAAGGCAGAAUGUUCGUUUUAAAAUUAAUCUAGUUUUCUGUACAUUUGAAUUUGAUUGAGAAGGUGACAACUGGCUCUUAUCCAGUCUUCCUUCAUAUCAGUUUUCUGAUAGACCACUAUUGGCAAACAGUAAUCUGUCAACUACCAAAUGUGUAAAAUUUUCUGUAUUUCACUUUGUCUUAUUUGUAAAUAGUGAACUAAAACUUCUGGCAGAUCAGCAACAUUUGCUGAGCCUGUUUUUUAAGCUAAUGUGUAUUCUUACUAAUGUUCCUAUCAAGAAUGGAUUUGUAAUAUAUGCUGUCUAUUUCUAAUGUUCACAUUCAUAUUUUGAGGUUCUAUCUUAUUUUAAUAGAGAACAGACUUCUCAGAAAAUCUUCAGAAGCAGCUUAUUAUUAAAUAUCAAACUAUUGAAAUAAACCCGGUGGGGUUAGAUUACUCAUCUGUCCACCAAGUGGGACAUUUGCAUGGACUGGGGGCUUAACGGACUUAGAAGAGGCCUGUAAGUAAAUCCUGAAAAUGAGCCAAUCCCCACUUGAAUGGUUACUGGAGUAAACCCACCUUUACUACCCUGAGUUCAGCCCCUGAGGCAGAUAAACCACCUUGGCUUGGUUUCAUUUUUCUUCUCUUCAUUUGUGAUGCUCAGAUCCAAGAUGUGUGUUCUAGACUGUGUACAGGCUUCUCUUUUGUUGGAUUAAAAAAUUUAGUCCUACUUUUGUAUGGACACCUUAGAAUAAAAGUGACCAAAAUAGAAGACUUGCCAUUAGAUAUUUUUCAGACGUCAGCAGAUUUGUGGCAAAUCAUUUGCCUUUUUAAAACUUCGGCUUCUGCAGUUCAGACAGUAGACUACUCAGUAAAAAUUAUUUGGCAUAAUUGUCUGAGGUAAAUAUUUUUUAGUGCAUAUUGAAUCAAAUAAAGUGCUCUAAAGAAAUUAUUAUACAAAUUCCUUUGGGUUGUUUUUAUUUUCUUAACAAGCGUGGGGGGUAAACAUGAAUAUUAAUCAGGCCUUCUGAUGGUGUACGUAAGUGCUGUUGAUUUUAUUACUGCUGUUGACUUCAUUCUGUGACUUUCUUUUAGCUUCUCUUUCAGUUUUGUUAUAAGUUCAGCUUUAAAACUUACACCGAACUGUUUUAUCAUUUUACUCACAUUUCAGAUAUCUAAGAAGAAUUUUCUUAAAAGAGGGAGAGAAUCGUUUUAUAAUCCUUUAUUUAUGUGCAUUUCCCUCUUUCCCACAACAUUUAUGAUUUGAGUUUAGCAGACAUAUCUAGGGCAUAUUUGGGAAAGUGAAGAGUAGCAGUAUAACUUCCUUUUGUCAAGCCAUUUAUUUCUAAUAUUUUACACUUGUUCUUCAGUUGAGUCCUUUUCAUGAUUCUUAAUUAAGUCUUUUAUAUAGGUUCUACCAGUGGGGGAGAAAUUAAAUUUUAAUAUUUAUUUCUUGAUAUUUAGGGCCUUAAAAAAUAAUGUGUUCCCUUAAAGAUAUUUCUAUGUUAGGUGAAAAUUUUUUUUUUCUUUUAAGAUUGGUUUUGGAAAAGCCACUUUACUGUCAACAUUUAAUAGACUCCAUUUCUGUUAAUAGAAGACAAUUCUUACUACUGAGAAUUUACUAUUAAGUAAAUAGCUAUCAACAAACUACCCUUAAAUGCAAGUUCAGGUUUCAUGGAAGCUUUUUUCUUGUACACUGAUCCGUGUAUUCCUAAGCUGAUUUGUUCAGCCACUAUCUGAUAUAACCAUUAGAAAAAGUAUAAAAGCUUAAAUUGAUAUUCAGAUGUCUUUAUGUUUUUCUAUUAAUUUAUAUUUCAAAAAAACAAACAUUUAACGUCAAUUCCUAAAGGCAGUUUAAUACUCUUUCUUUAUUUAAAAGACAGUAUUUUAGACAUGGAGAUGUUAAAUGUUAACUUAAAAACUUGCAAAACUUCGCAAUACUUCAUUUCUGAUCUCCCAUCAGAACACUAAAAACAAAGUGUUCCUCCGUCUUUUACGGUGGCCUAAAAUUUUUUUUUUUUUUUUUUUUUU